AUGGCCGGGAUGGUUAUAAGGAACAUGUCAUUCAAGGUUGGGCAGACCAUGACAAUUGUUGGAAAGCCUCUACCUGAUGCUACUAAUUUUGCACUUAACGUUGGCCCAAACGAGAAGGACAUUACCAUGCACAUCAACCCACGUUUCAACGCGCAUGGAGAUGAGAAUGCAGUGGUCUGCAACUCUUACCAGGAAGGCAAAUGGUGCGAGGAGCACCGAGAGGGAGGUUUUCCAUUCCACCAAGGGGAGGAGUUUAAGAUCACCAUUUUGUUCACGCCCACGGAAUUCCAGGUCACCCUUUCGGAUGGCUCUCAAAUCCAUUUUCCCAACCGCAUGGGCGCAGAAAAAUACUCUUUCAUCAGCUUCAAUGGAGAUGUUCGUGUCACCAGUUUUGAGAUUAAAUAA